AUGACUUUGCCGCCUAAGCAUGUCACAAAUGGGCGCAACAAGAACCGGCUCAAGCGAUCUGAGAGCAAGGUUCCGCGGGACUUCACGGAGACUCGUGCGCCUCACUUCUCAUCUAGUCAACUCCGAGUUAGUAAACCAACAGAAAUCAGCAGCGGACAUUCGUACGAGUUCUCCGGCGAAGACCAGCAACCAAAUCCCGAUCCCAACCAUCCUCCCAGCCCCAACAGUCCUCCCAGCAAACUCCUUGAACUGGUUGCUGCUUGCUACACCUCCUCCGCCACCUGCGCGUCAUGA